CAUUUUCAACAACAGCAAAAGAACAUGAAACUGUGAUUUCUUUUCUUUGUUUAGACAUAGCAAGAAGCAUGUCGUUGACCCGCGAGCUCCAAAUCGUCACAAUUGUUCAUAUUUUAUCUAUCUACUAAUGUGGCCUUAACAACCAACCAGACGCCGGAUUUUAGUCCGCUCCGAGUUGGUCCAAAAGUGGAGGUUGUGCUCGUUAGCUUAGCCUGCUAGCUGAUAAGUGGUCAGUUCCGGAAGUUAGCUUCAGAAGCCAGCCGAGCGGAGCGGAAAGUAGUGUUGUUUGGAAAUGUGCAAAGUCCAGAUGCUGAGAGCUUUGGUGAACGAGCGACUAAAUGCCGCCGUGGAAGAAAUAUUUGGAUUGUUCGAAAGGACCCUCGUCGAAUACGAGGAGGAACUUUGUCGAUCUAAAGACGUGAUUGAGCGACAACGUCAAUUGCUGAAUGCACGCGAACCUUCGGGAGGCGUCGACGCCACAGAAGUCCAAUCAAGUCAAGAAGAUGUUGCUCCUGAGGAGGAGGCCGAACCUUCCCGGGUCAAAGAGGAGGAAGAGGACGAGCCUGAGCCGGAGUCCCCCCACCUUACACACGAAGGGGGCGAGAUUCUGCUCGAGGCGGAGAUCACCAAGUUCCACGUGAAGAGUGAAGACGAAGAAGACGAGGCUCAGUGGUCACAUCUCAGGACCGAAGGCGAGGAAACGCGACCGCACGGGCGCUCUUCCCCGGCGUCGGACUGCGAGGAGGACAUGGCGUCGGACUGCGACGAGACGGACGACAGCGAGGAAAGGGCCCGAGCGUCCGAGGGCAUCCUCACGUCCGACUGCAACAAAACCUUCGUCUGCUCCUUCUGCAGCAAAAGCUUCAGCCGCAAGGACAGCUUCAUCCGACACAUCCGAGGCCACACGGACGAGAAGCCCUUCGCCUGCUCCAUGUGCAGCAAAAGCUUCAAGUACCGCUACGAGAUCAGCCGCCACAUGAAAAUCCACACGGGGGAGAAACCCUUCAGCUGUUCCGUCUGCGGCAAGACCUUCGGCCGCCGGGAGCACUUACUGUCGCACACGCGGAGUCACACGGGGGAGAAACCCUUCGGCUGCUCCGUGUGCGGCCGAGGCUUCAGCCAGCGGUCACACUUGGCGACGCACUCCCGAACGCACACCGGCGUCAAGCCCUUCUCGUGCGCCGUGUGCGGGAACAGGUUCUCCCUCAAGUGCGUUUUGAUCGCACACAUGCGGACGCACACGGGCGAGAAGCCCUUCACGUGCUCUGUGUGCGGGAACAAGUUCACUCGCAAGCGCAAUUUGUUGAUGCACAUGAGGAGACACACGGGUGAAAAAAGUAGUCCCAUGCUGUGCGCGUGAUGGGAGGAGUGCACCAGAACUUGAAAGUUUGCGAUUAGCAAACAUUUUGGGAGCAGCGACAGAGGUUUUUUUUUCUGGGAUCAUCUCCUUCUUGAAAUGCCCAUUAAAAGUCAUCACGAUGAUUUUUUUUUUUUAAACCGCUGGAAUUCAAAAGUUGCACAUUUUAGACAAGAGCAUGCAGGAAUGUUAUAUAUUCAGUUGACACGUUACGCGGAUGGAAACUCUCCAUAGGAAUUCAUGGGCAAGCAUUGUUUCCAUAUUUAAAUGUUUAUUUUUAAAAGGAUUCCACAUAAUGACUUACUCCAAGCUGCAGUUGAUAGUUGAAGAGCUGAUGCGUCAAUUGAACCAAAGCAACGGUGACGUUUGCUCUUCUUCCUUUCU